GCAGCGCUGUGUGCAUGCGCGCUGGCCCGGCGCCGGCGCAGUGGCGAGGGAAGGAAGUGGCGCCGGAAGCGGGAUGGCGGCGGCGAUGGGGCAGCAGUGGGUGCUGGUGGAGAUGGUGCAGGCGUUCUACGAGGCUCCGGCUUACCACCUCAUUUUGGAAGGAAUUCUCAUCCUAUGGAUAAUAAGACUACUUUUCUCGAAAACUUAUAAGCUUCAAGAACGAUCUGACCUCACACCUAAGGAAAAGGAAGAAUUGAUUGAGGAGUGGCAACCAGAGCCUCUCGUUCCUCCUGUACCAAGAGAUCAUCCUGCUCUGAACUACAGUGUUGUUUCAGGUCCUCCGACACACAAAAUAAUAGUUAAUGGCAAGGAAUGUAUAAACUUUGCAUCAUUUAACUUCCUCGGACUGUUGGAUAAUGAAAGAGUUAAGAAUGCAGCCCAUGCAUCUUUAAAGAAGUAUGGUGUUGGCACUUGUGGACCUAGAGGAUUUUAUGGAACUUUUGAUGUACACUUGGAAUUGGAAGAUCGACUAGCAAAAUUUAUGAGAGCUGAGGAAGCUAUAAUAUAUUCAUAUGGAUUUGCCACAAUUGCCAGUGCUAUUCCUGCAUAUUCAAAAAGAGGAGACCUUGUCUUUGUAGAUGAGGCUGCCUGCUUUGCUAUUCAGAAAGGAUUACAGGCAUCUCGUAGUAACAUCAAGUUAUUUAAACAUAAUGAUAUGGCUGACCUUGAGCGUCUACUGAAAGAACAAGAGAUUGAAGAUCAAAAGAAUCCUCGUAAAGCCCGGGUAAUUCGCAGGUUUAUAGUGGUGGAGGGAUUAUAUAGGAAUACCGGAGAUAUUUGUCCUCUUCCAGAAUUGAUAAAAUUGAAGUAUAAAUACAAAGUGAGGAUUUUUUUGGAGGAAAGCCUUUCCUUUGGAGUCCUUGGAGAACGUGGGCGAGGAGUUACUGAACACUUUGGAAUAAAUAUUGAUGAUAUAGAUCUCAUUAGUGCAGACAUGGAGAAUUCCCUUGCUUCUAUUGGAGGAUUUUGCUGUGGAAGAACUUUUGUUAUAGACCACCAGCGGUUAUCUGGUCAGGGGUACUGCUUUUCAGCCUCUCUACCCCCUCUGUUAGCUGCUGCUGCUAUUGAGGCCCUCAACAUCAUGGAAGAGAAUCCAGACGUUUUUCAGGUUUUACGAGAGAAAUGCAAACGGGUUCACAAAGCUUUGCAACGCAUUUCAGGUUUAAAAGUAGUGGGCGUGUCAUUUUCGCCAGCAAUACACCUACAGCUGGAAGAGAGCCAGGGAUCUCGAGAGAUCGACAUAAAAUUACUCAAGAGAAUUGUAGAUUAUUGUAUGAACAAUGGUAUUGCAUUAACUCAGGCCUGCUAUCUGGAGAAAGAAGAAAAAUAUCUCCCUCCACCUAGUAUUCGAGUAGUGGUAACAGUGGAGCAAACGGAACAAGAACUGGACAGAGCUGCAUCACUUAUCAGGGAAGCUGCACAGUCUGUAUUGAAUUAGACUGCUGAUUUGGAUACUUUUUUUUUUUUCAUAUAAGGACACCUGUUGCAAAGUAUGAUCUCUUGGUUUCCAUUCCAAAUGUUUAAGCUAUUAAUGGCUUGUCUAUUGAUGGAAAGGAAAGCUUGUUGAUUAACAGGGUUAUUACAGAAUGGUACAGGUUUGAGGGGCUGAAUGAUGAAGUUAAUUAUUUCCUACACACACACACAAACACGUACACACGCAUUCUACAUACAGGGUUUAGACUGCUUUUUAGUAACAUUUAAAUGGAUUGUUACCGUUUCAUCCAAGUAUUCCCCCCCAUUUUCUCUUAAAAGCCUUAAAUUCCUUCCCUCAACCCGUAAAUGAGUUAAAUAUUUCAAACGCUCAUCUUCUUCUAAAAAGUUUCAUAUAUGUAAUUUUAAUGAGAAUGUAGGAAUUUUGAACAUCUUCUUUUAAGUAUUUGUUUAACAUAUUACUUCUUUUAAGAUGUUCCUGAUACUGUCAAAAGCUAAAUAAUCUCUUAAGAAAUUAUUUUGAACAAUAUAAGUACUUAAGUAUUUUAUUGUUGUAAUAUAUUGUGUGCUUAAUUUCUUAAACACUAAUACUUUCUUUAAACUGUUUCCUGAAAUCAGUUCUUAAGCAUCCCUCCCCAGUUAAUUCUGUUACCACCCAGGCAAAUUCACAUCAAAUACUGUUUACUUAAUGUAUUGGGCCUGUGAAUAUAUACGUUUGACAUAUUAUGGAUGACUCUUUUAACUAUUGAGUCAUAUACCUAAAUUAUGACCUUUAACUUUGGAAUUUGCUACUUUUCAUGUGGUGUGUACAGUCAGGAACCUAAAAACAAGUCUUGAAGAAAUGAGACAGACAUAAAUAACUUUAAAAAAUGUUGAAUAAUAGUUUAUUCAAGCAAUGUGGGAUGUACUAAAACAGCAUCUCAAAAGUUAAAUUCCUAAUUCGCUUGCCAAUAAAGUGUAAUCUGGAGUGGGACUUUCCAAAAUAUCUAAAGGAUUUUAGGUGUAAAAUUGCUAUUUGAAAUGCACCUAAACUUGUACAUUUUAAAUCCCUGUGGUCCUUUUGAAAAUCUCCACCUAAGGAGCAAUGCUGUAAAAUUUUGCAAUAAACAUUGUACCAGUCAUUGAGAAAACAGCUGGUGGGGGGAGCGACAAUAAAUUGUAACUUUUAUAAAAUAAGAACCGCCAUUUAUGUAUUCCAGGACUUUUUUUAGAAAGACUGUUUUGAAAACACUUUGUAUUCUGCCUGUCCUGUAUUUUGGGUUGUUUUAUACUUAUGUGCCUUUUUGGUUGCUGGUAGAAGGACUACAAUACUAUUUUUGGGAAAGAAAUUUAUUAAAUAAAAAAGUUAAACAUACAUUUGAUUGAAAUGUUCACCUAUCACACAGUUUAACUGCCUUGUUGAAUAUUCUAAAAGAGACACUUUACAGCCUCAUUUUUUCAGUACACAGCAAACUUGUUUGUAGGCUGUCUUUCCUAGUCUCUCAAGAUAUUUGCACUCAAAUACACCACCUAAAGUUGUGUGGGGCACUUCCAUGACUGAACCUACUGGCAAUGAGAGCAGUGCCCCUGAAGUCAUUGAUUGCAUCUGGAGACCUUCACUGAAAUGUGAAGGAAUGACGGAAGCGCUAUGGUAAUACAAAUACUUAGGAGCCUGUACUGAAAACAGAAAGCCAUGUCACAACACACUUUGUGAUAAUAUAACAAGACUUUGAAGGGCUGACAACCUAAAGAAAGAGGCGAACUGAAAACUAAGAGACAGACCAAUUGACUUGCCAGAAGUCCCUCAGCAAAAGCCUGUGCCAGGACUAAGAAUUGAACUCUACCACUAACUGUGCUAUUUUUUUUUAAUCCACAACAUGCAACUGCAUUGUUGAACAUGUUGGGCAAGCUCGAGCCAUUAAUGCGAGGUUGGGACUGUCAACAUGGAAUGAGCAAGAUGACGUGUAAGCAUAGCACAAAUUUAAUGUUGGAAUAUUAUGUUAUAGAUUUAAUACUCGGUGUACUUGUGUUUUCUUUCACACUUGAGCAGACGACUAAUUUUGUGUUCUGUUUGCCUUUGGGUGGAUUUUCCUUGAUAUUUAAAGGACCAAAAAUAUAAUAGGGUCUAAGCAUGCUUCUUAUUAAAAGGUGAAAUUUGUGACAAAUUCAAAGGCCAUGAAUUAUAUGCAACCUUCAUCAUAAGGUAUUUUCUCCUCUGUUUUUAAUGGGCAUUCUAGUCUGUCUAAUUUUGCUGAUAUCGGCAUGCUAUUUCAGUUGGUUAAAGCGCUCUCAGUUAACUUCACCUGAAAGCUUGACCUGUUAUUUUGAGACUGGAUCAUUUGCCUCCGUUGAUGCCUUUGAUGGUGCUUAAGGCAGCACUUGGUUCAUAACUGAGGUGUAACGAUUGUAACUAGCUGUAUUUGAAUUAUUUUGGAGUGCACGUUCCUACUGACAGGCUAUAUAACCACUUCUCUGAGGUUACAGAGUCCUGAUUGGCACAGAGAGCGCUCAUCUGUGCCUGCUUUGGCAGAACUGGUCUUUCCAUCUUGAUACUUUUUUUUAAAGUUAUGUUUCUUUAUAUUUGACAGAGUAAGCAGAUGGAGUUGAUCAUGAUUAUGAAGAGGUUGGCUGGAGUUAGAGGAUGACAGGUGAUUCUAUUUAAUUUAGGAAGUCAUUGGAAAUUUGUUAGGACUAGUUUUCAGUGUUGUCAUACUGGAAGAUACAUACACUGAGAAAUGAGAGGGAAAGCCAUUUUAAUUGAUUUGUGGUUAUAAAGUAAAUUACUAUGAAUUAAAUUCCCUAUUUUUAUGCAUUUCAGAAGUCAUAGUUCUUAAAAUGGGAACAGGAUUCAGUCCUGUUAAAUAAUAACAAAGCAUAGGCCAUGUUAGCCAAAGGUGGAUCAAAGCCAGAGGUGCUUUAUCCUGAACUGUUGGAGUUAAAGAUCCAGAUACUUAAAUCUAUGCUGAUUGUUACAGCAACUGAAAAUCUAGUAAAGAGAGCUUUGUCUUGAUAAGACUAUAGGCUAAUAUACCUCAAGUACAGAUUAAAAGUAUAUUUGGUCAAGAGUAACUUUUAAUAAAAGUUAACAUCUGGUACCUUGGGGAAAAACAUGUUGAACCUAAUUAGUAGGGAAACUUUAUUGAGUUGACCUGUUAAUUAAACAGGCUAGUUAUGAAAUAAUAUAAUUUGUAAUACUUGAGAGGCUAAAGGAGCCGAGUAGUAUGGAGCUAUAAAUUUUAUACUGUAAAAUUAUUUUUGGAUGAAGAAACUACUUGGAUGAUUAUUUAAAAAAAAAAAAAGGAAAGAAAGAAAAGAAACCAUGUAGUUUACUUGGAACAUUUGAAAAUAAUUGAUUUUUUUUAUUAUUAGUUUAGCUCAUUGCUUUUAUAAGGAAAUCUGCAAUUCCCCUUUUAUUUAUGCUAGAAAUCAUUAUUUUUGGAUGAGGGCAAAAUACAUAAGGAAAACAUUAAGAAAGAAGUGAAGGUAUGGCUGAGCAACUUUGAUUUUACACUUUUGAAAUGUGAUCCAGGUCACUGCAGAGAAUAGUGUACUGUCUCCUUUUUGUCACUCCAUCUGGACCUUAUUUUAAACAGGGUUGUGGGGUGUUGGCAUUCACCGAUCUAUGAAGCUGCUACUGCAAACGUAUUUCACGUUUAAAGAUGAUUCAAGAAAUAUACGUGAGCUGUAAAUGUUGCUUGAACAAAGGAAAUAUUUAGAGUUAACACAAAGCAUUUGUGCAUUAAACUGUUUCAGUAUCCCAAUAAAAGGAAGUGUCUGGAGAACA